AUGGCACGGAACGACCCGCAAGGACAGCGCGGAAAGCCGUAUACGGAUCGCUCUGUCGGUGCCAUCGCGUGGUUUUUAAUUUUUGAACUCCCAUGGCAGUGGCCAUUUUUCUUUAGGGCCCGGGUCCCGCGUAGCGCCGAGGGCACAACAUCAUCUCAUGUUAGUGGCACGCGCCGGAUCAUGGGCGCCAUGUUCAGUCCAACGACACAGUACAGUAGCACACCGCCGUCCAUUCACAAGGGGACAAAAGAAGCGGUUGUCAUUCAUCGUGUCAUCAUCAGCAUCAAUAUUCGUGAGCCCGCUUUUCAUGCGCCGCGCGACAGCAAUUAUUAG